CUACCAAUAAUUAUAAGCUGAAGGAACUAAAAUAAGAUGCAAAAGAAGAAAAUGGCAUUUAGCGUUUUUCCAAAAAGCAUCAUGACUAUGGUCAUAAUGGUUCUCUGCUUCAUCUGCAUAAACUCAGUCAGAUCAGUUGAAGCACAAUCCCCACGCCUUCCUGUUCAAGAAGUGGAAGCAAUGAGAGAAAUUGCUUCACAAUUGGGAAAAAAAGACUGGAACUUCGACGUAGACCCAUGCCUCAACGACACCAGCUGGGCUACCCCAAUAUCUGAUCGUUACUCGCUAUACACCAACAUUGUCUCUUGCAACUGUUCCUACGUCCCUGAUGGUGUAUGCCACGUCACCAGUAUUGUUCUUACAGGGCAAGAUCUUGCUGGUGUACUUCCACCAUCUAUUGCAAAGUUACCCUGCCUUACACAAGUUUCUUUCACGAGGAACUACCUCAGUGGUAACAUACCGCUUGAAUGGGCUUCUACAAAGUUGCAAAACCUGUCCCUUACUGUGAACAACUUAUCAGGAACAAUCCCUGCAUACUUGGGGAACAUUACUACUCUAAAACUACUGUUCCUAGACAGUAACCAAUUUUAUGGAACUGUUCCUCCUGAGCUUGGGAAGCUGGUUAACUUGGAGCUUCUCCUACUCGGUCAAAACAAUCUCUCAGGAGAGUUGCCAUUGGAUCUCUCUAAUCUAAAUAAAUUAAAAGUACUUAAGAUUGGCAGUAACAACUUCAAUGGAACAAUACCUGAUUUCUUUGAAAGUUGGAGUCAGCUUCAGAGUUUAGAGAUCCAAGCUAGCGGUCUCCAAGGGCCCAUUCCGCCUAGCAUUUAUUCCUUGAAUAAAUUAGAAAUAUUAAGGAUCAGUGACUUGAGUGGAUACAGUUCAUCAUUUCCAAACUUGAGAAAUAUGACACUUAUGCGCGUUUUAAUGCUAAGGAGCUGUAAUCUAGUUGGACCUAUCCCUGAUUACAUAUCGAAACUGACAGCAUUACGUAUAUUAGAUCUCAGCUUCAACAGAUUGGAAGGAAGUAUUCCUGACUUUGGAAUAGGCAUAUUGGACAACUUGUGUCUGACACAUAACGCCCUCACUGGGUCUAUUCCAGAGUUAUCUGCACCUCUUCCAGAUUGGGUCAAGAGAAAUCGCAAUAACAGUAACUACUACAUGGAUAUUUCUUACAAUGAAUUUCCUGAGAGCUCUGAGUUACCUUGUACAGAAAACCUGAACUUGUUCAAAAGCUUUUCUGCACAAGACAUCUCAUUAUCUGGAGGGUGCCUGAAGAGAUAUCCAUGUCGAGAAGAUCGGCUUUCUUUGCAUAUAAACUGUGGUGGAAGAAACACCACAGUUGGAGGAAUCAACUUUGAAGGUGAUCAAGACCGAGGAGGUCCAUCAGCGUUCGUUCCUGCUGGAGCUAACUGGGGAUUUAGCAACACUGGACAUUUCUGGGAUACUGAAUUCGGUGAAGACUACAUAGCAGAUAAUACAUCUAUACUCCGAAUGAGCAACUCUGAGUUGUACACAAAUGCACGCCUCUCUCCUCUUUCUCUUACGUAUUAUGCACGCUGCUUGGCAAAUGGAAGUUAUACUGUGAGACUUCACUUUUCAGAGAUAAUAAUUAGAGGAAAUAGAUCUUUCCACAGUCUUGGAAUACGGAUAUUUGAUGUUUAUAUUCAGGAGAAACUGAUGUUGAAUGAUUUUAACAUUGAAGUGGAAGCACAAGGGGUUGAUAAAGCAGUCAUAAAGGAAUUUAAAGCAGUUGAGGUGAAGGAUAAAACCUUAGAGAUCAGAUUUCAUUGGUCUGGCAAAGGGACAACAGCUUCCCCGAGAAGAGGAGUAUAUGGUCCUCUUAUAUCAGCUAUCUCUAUAGAGUUUGAGUCCACUCAUUCUGGUCUCCGAAAAGAGUCCACUCCUCGUGAUAGCAAAAAGAAGGUAUUUACAGUGGCUGGAGCUUCAGUUUUGUGUCUUGUUUUCUUGAUUUCAGGCAUUCUUUGGUGGAAUGGAUGUCUGGAUAGCAAGACAUCCAGGGAAAAAGCUUUGAGAAGACUGGAUUUGCAAACUGGCUUUUUCACCUUCAAGCAAAUUAGAGCUGCCACUAACAGCUUUGAUCCUGUAAACAAAAUUGGGGAGGGUGGUUUUGGCUCUGUCUACAAGGGUAUAUUAUUGGAUGGUACUAUAAUUGCGGUCAAGCAACUAUCUUCAAAAUCAAAGCAAGGAAAUCGUGAAUUCGUGAACGAAAUAGGCAUGAUUUCUGGUUUGCAACAUCCAAAUCUUGUUAGAUUGUAUGGAUGUUGUAUUGAAGCAAAUGAAUUACUGUUGGUGUAUGAAUAUAUGGAAAACAAUAGUCUUGCAGGCGCUUUAUUUGGCCCAGAGGAAAGUCCACUCAAAUUGGACUGGCCUACAAGGCAGAAAAUAUGCCUGGGCAUAGCAAAAGGUCUGGCUUUUCUGCAUGAGGAGUCAGCGUUGAAGGUUGUACAUAGAGACAUCAAAACUACAAAUGUAUUACUGGACAAAGAUCUUAAUGCUAAGAUCUCAGACUUUGGUCUGGCAAAGCUCGAUGAAGAAGAGAACACCCACAUUAGCACAAGAGUUGCUGGAACUAUAGGAUACAUGGCGCCAGAAUACGCACUAUGGGGUUAUUUAACCUUCAAAGCAGAUGUCUUUAGUUUUGGUAUUGUUGCAUUGGAAAUAGUUGCUGGAAAGAACAACAUGAAAUUUCGACCAAAUGUGGAUUUUGUAGGCCUUGUGGAUUGGGCUCUUGUUUUACAACAAAAAGAGAGUUUAGUGGAGCUUGUGGAUCCAAGGUUAGGGUCAGAUUUCAGUAACGAAGAGGCAGUUAGAAUGGUUAAAGUAGCUCUGCUAUGCAUCAAUCCGGUAGCUGCACUUAGGCCUACCAUGUCUGCAGUCGUGAGUAUGCUUGAAGGGCGAACCCCUGUCGAUGAAUUGAUUAUGGAUCCAAAUAUAUAUAGUGAAGAAAUGAGGUUAACAGCCUUGAGAAAUCCAUUUGAGCAGAUUGCACAAGAGAGAGCAGGUGGAAGUCAAAGCUUGAUACAUUCGUCCGAUACAUCAUGGAAUGAUUCUUCUGCUCCUACUAUAUCUUCAGAUCUCUAUAUAAUCAAUCAUUAGUUAUUAGGAAAAGUAGGCAAACCCCCAUGGAACAAAUAUUGUACACUUCCCCCACCAAGAGUAGACAAAAUCAAAAGUCAUCCAAGUGUCUCCACCCAUUAUCAUGGAUUUUGAAUAUAAUCUUCGAUCAGUUUUAACAUCA